AUGAACGUAACUACAGCAUGGACGACUACCCCCAGCACGGAUGAUCCCGAGGAUUGCUACCCGUCUGCACAUCUAGAAAACAAGCUUUUCGUAGCACUACAGCUGACAGUGAUUCUGAUCGGCAUCCCGUCCAACCUUUUCUUCCUGUAUGUGUCCUGCCAGCACAUCCGCAAAAAGAAUGAACUGGGCGUCUAUUUGUUUAAUUUGGCCCUCUCGGAUCUCCUAUUCAUCGUGUGUUUGCCCGUGUGGAUUCAGUCUGCGCUCUACAAUGAAUGGCUUUACGGCAGUACCGUGUGCACUGCCUGCGUCUUCCUGAUUUUCACAAACUUCUACAUGACUGCCUUACUGCUGAGCUGCAUUGCUGUGGAUCGCUAUUUAGCUGUGGUUCACCCGCUCAAGUUUUGCAACUUCAGGAAACGUCAGACUGCAGUCAUUGUUAGCAUUGCCGCUUGGAUUUGUAUCAUUAUAUUCAAUGCAAUCACUGUAACGCCAAGCAGCGUCUAUGAUGAAAAAUAUUCAGUUUGCUUGGACAUAUAUCCUUUGCAAAAAACGCAACGCUUGAUCAACAUUGCUCGAUUUGUUGUGGGUUUCUUCAUCCCUGCACUGGUAGUGAGCUUCUGUUAUUGGCAAAUCUGCCUUGACGUAAGGAGAAAUCAAACUCUUGGGGUGACUGAACGUUGCCGUGUGUUUAAACUUUUAGUAAGUGUUCUUCUGACGCUCUACCUCUGUUAUGGCCCUGUGCACAUCAUGAUGGUUUUAAGAGUUUUACUGGAGCAGUGUCAGUUUCCAAACUGGUUCUUAAUCUGCAAUAAGCUCAGCGUCAUGUUCUCGACGCUCAAUUGUCUGGCCGAUCCGCUCCUCUACUGCUUCGCGAGCAGAACGGGACGAGAUAGCGCCUCAAAUGUGUUACUCUUUCUCAGGAGAAUGUGGAAGAAAGAAAAUCAGUGA